UCUUGUGUGAGAGCUGAUCUCAAGGUUUUGCAUUUGCUUGAAAGUGAGAAAAAUGACAAUUCUGCUGGGAUUUUUUUAGACAAACGCCAGAUCUUAUCACCGCUUAGGGUCCUGCACGCAUAGGAGUGAAAGUAAUACGCAGGCUACUGCGACAAGGCGGUGCAACAUUAUCUAUCCUGAAUAACUGUGCUUCACAAAAUGUGGGAGCAAGACGAAUUUGAAAAACAUUGGAGGAAUGAAUUUCCCGACGGAGAGGUUCCUGAAAUGAACCUGAAGUCAGUUGAAGACAUCGAAAUGGAGCUCGAAAAAUGUAAGACAAACCUCAAAAAGCUUCAGCAAGCUCUAUCGGAGGAAAAAUUCAAGGUGAUUUAUCUUCAAACGACAAUUGCUCGACAGAAGACUUGCGACAAGGAGAGGUGGGACAAAAUCAAAGAUGAAAAGUUGCAUGUUGAUCCUGUAUUUACAAAGUCGGAGAAGGAUAAAAAAGCUCCGCAGACGAGCCAACGGACCGAUGGAGACAGCAUGAAGGUGCCCAUCAGGAAAAAAAUGAGUGCACUUGCUGGUAAAGGUAGCGGGGAUCACGGAGGUUUGGUUACCUUUAAGUCGCAAGACACUGCUAGAAACGGUCAACCAGGUUACGUUAAACCUCUUCCAGUGGUCCCGCGCAAAAAACCCACCUUUAAGAUUAUCAGUGCAGCCACAUCUGACACCACGCAGCCGGACGGUAACUGUGUCAGCUCGACCGAGAAAACUAAUGCAGGCUGUGACGAGGCCAGCGACCACGAAUACGAGGACGUGGAACUCAAUGAUAAUUUUGUGAGGGGUAAUCUAGUGACUCCCAGGUUGAAAUUGAGGGAGAACAGUUCGAAUCCUCAUCGGGAUGCCAUCCGACCGUUUCGCCAAAGCAGGGAUUUCGACUCCAGUGAUGACGGGAGACUGUCGCCUGCAAGCAUGCGUGUGGCAUACAGGUUAUCCCGUGGUUCGGAUUGCAGUACUUCAGAUAGAAGAAGUGACGGAUACCUGAGUUCAGACCACGAAGAUUCAUCUUCAGCCGACUUCAACUACAACACGGACGGCUACGAUGGCGACGCCGCUGAGGACCGCAAGUCCCAGGACGGCUCGGAGACCAUGCCCUUCAUCGACGAGUCGCCCACCAUGUCCCCGCAGCUGUGCGCCCGCGGGCCCGACGGAGAGCCCGUGUCCCCCAUGCCCCACGAGGGCCUGCUCCCGGGGGGCGACAUUGAGAAAGGGCUGGAGAUGAAGAAGCUGGUGCUCUCCGGGUUUCUGGCCAGCGAGGAGAUCUACAUCAACCAGCUGGACGCCCUGCGGGUGCCAAUGAAGCCGCUGAAAGCCACGGCCACCACGUCCCAGCCGGUCCUGACCAUCCAGCAAAUCGAGACCAUCUUUUACAAGAUCCAGGACAUCUUCGAGAUCCACAAGGAGUUUUACGACGACCUGUUCCCCCACAUUCAGCAGUGGGACGACAAGGUGACCGUGGGCCACCUCUUCCAGAAGCUGGCCAGUCAGCUUGGUGUUUACAAAGCAUUCAUCGACAACUACAAAGUGGCGGUGGAGACGGCGGAGAAAUGCAGCCAGGCCAACUCCCAGUUCCAGAAGAUAUCGGAGGACCUGAAAGUCAAAGGGCCAAAGGACUCCAAGGACCACACCUCGUCAGUCACCAUGGAAGCUCUGCUGUACAAGCCCAUCGACCGUGUGACCCGCAGCACGCUGGUGCUCCAUGACCUGCUGAAACACACUCCCAAGGACCACCCUGACUUCCCCCUGCUGCAGGACGCGCUGCGGAUAUCCCAGACCUUCCUGUCCAGCAUCAACGAGGAGAUCGACCCCCGCAGGACCGCUGUCACCACGCCCAAGGGAGAGGCUCGCCAGCUGGUGAAGGAUGGCUUCCUGGUGGAGGUGUCCGAGGGCUCCAGGAAGCUCCGCCACGUCUUCCUCUUCACCGACCUGCUCCUCUGUGCCAAGAUGAAGAAGACCGCUGUGGGGAAGCACCAGCAGUACGACUGCAAGUGGUACAUCCCGCUGGCCGACCUGACCUUCCAGACGCUGGACGACUCCGACUCCUGCCCCCACGUGCAGACCAUGCCCGAGCACGAGAUCGAGGAGAUGAAGACCAAGAUCUCCGCCAUCAAGAGCGAGAUCCAGAAGGAGAAGAAGGCUGUUAAGGGGCAAAGUCGAGCGUUGGACCGUUUGAGGAAGAAGAUGAACGAACAGGAGUCCUGUCUGCUGUUACACUCCCCCACCAUUCCCUUCCGCAUCCACAACAAACACGGCAAGAGCUAUCUGUUCCUGCUGUCCUCAGACUAUGAGCGGUCAGAGUGGAGGGAAGCCAUUCAGAAACUUCAGAAGAAAGAUCUUCAGGCGUGUGUGCUGAGUUCUGUGGAGCUCCAGGUGUUGACCGGGUCCUGCUUCAAGCUCAGAACCGUCCACAACAUCCCCGUGACCAGUAACAAAGACGAUGAAGAAAUCCCAGGGCUCUAUGGCUUCCUCCAUGUGAUCGUCCGCUCAGCCAAGGGCUUCAAAGAGUCAGCCAACCUGUACUGCACCCUGGAGGUGGACUCCUUCGGCUACUUUGUGAGCAAAGCGAAGACGCGGGUGUUCAGAGACACCACCGAGCCGCAGUGGAACGAGGAGUUUGAGAUCGAGCUGGAGGGCUCCCAGUGCCUGCGGAUCCUCUGCUAUGAGAAAUGCUACGACAAGUCCAAGCUCAACAAGGACGACAACGAGAUCGUGGACAAGAUCAUGGGCAAAGGCCAAGUGCAGCUGGACCCCCAGACAGUACAGUCCAAGAACUGGCACAUGGACGUCAUAGAGAUGAACGGGAUUAAAGUGGAGUUCUCAAUGAAGUUUACCAGUCGGGACCUGAGCUUAAAGAGAACACCAUCCAAAAAACAGAGUGGUGUGUUUGGUGUCAAAAUCAGCGUGGUGACAAAGCGUGAGCGUUCCAAGGUGCCUUACAUCGUCCGUCAGUGCAUUGAGGAGGUGGAGAAGAGGGGGAUCGAUGAAGUGGGCAUCUACAGGAUCUCAGGGGUGGCCACGGACAUCCAGGCCCUGAAAGCGGCCUUCGACGCGAAUACCAAAGACAUCCUGGUGAUGCUGAGCGACAUGGACAUCAAUGCCAUCGCAGGGACCCUGAAGCUGUACUUCCGGGAGCUUCCGGAACCCCUGCUCACGGACCGCCUGUACCCGGCCUUCAUGGAGGGGAUAGCGCUGUCAGACCCUGCGGCCAAGGAGAACUGCAUGAUGCACCUCCUGCGCUCCCUUCCCGACCCAAACCUCAUCACCUUCCUCUCCCUGCUGGAGCACCUGAAGAGGGUUGCCGAGAAGGAGCCGAUCAACAAGAUGUCCCUCCACAACCUGGCCACCGUCUUCGGCCCCACCCUGCUCAGGCCCUCCGAGUCCGAGAGCAGCAAGGGGCACGUCACGCUGGCCUCUGACAUCUGGUCACAUGACGUCAUGGCACAGGUCCAGGUGCUCCUGUACUACUUACAGCACCCGCCCAUCUCCUUCACAGAGCUGAAGCGGAACACCCUCUACUUCUCCACCGACGUGUAGCCCCAGCCCCAGCACGCCGACCGUCGCUAGGAGACUCCGUCCCAGCACGCCAUUUUAACUGUCCAUCGCCAACCAGAGACUGAAAAAAUACACCCACAAAAAGAAAAAGAAAAACAGUCGAACAGAAGCCACUGUGCUCCCUCUCCGUUCCUUAGCCAUGUCCUGUGUGUCCCCUGUGAGGAGAGGGACGGACCCUCGUCCGUCUGCUGAAGGUUGGCCAAAAGCGACAGACGUCUCUCACCACUGUACAGCCCCCCCCCCCAAUGUCCCCCCUGUCCAGACAUAACGUACAUACAUACGCGCGUACGUACGCACACAUGCUGCCCAAAAGCACCUGCGGUCCUGUUCCAGAAGAGGCUCGGAGAGAGAGGGAGGACAAAGGUCAUCCUGUACACCGUGAGCGCCACCCGGGACAGACUUGUGUCGAUUCCCAAGACCUCUGUGCAUUAGACUUGUUUUCGGUUUUAUGCCUCCAUUUUGAAAUAGGGUACAGGUCUCCGUCCCAAAGUCCUGCAGCUCCCUCCAGAACACCCCCCCAGCCCCCACCCCUGGUGAGUAUGUCGGGGGGGAAAGGGGGGCACCCCCUAAUCCGACUGCAUUGUGGCGUCAUGGUAACAUAACUGAAAAAGCAGGGGUGUAAGUCCAGCAGUAGAGCGAGAGCGUGUGUGCAUGUGUGUGUGUGUGCGCGUCGUGACCGUUUGCGUAGCGUGGUGGUGUUUGACCGGUUUGUGAUUCCAGAAUGUUCUGUUACUCGAGUCUUGUUUUGGUUUUUUUGUUGUCGUUUUAUUUCUCUUUUCUCCAGAGGCAUUCCAGAAAUGGCAUCUACAUAUUUUAUAAAUAUUAUUGUUUGAUAGUUUAUCUUUUGAUUUCCUCUGCUUUUGUGCAUGUGAUUUGAGGAGGGUUGUGCGUGCACGGGGAGAGGAGCCGCACUCGGUGGGUUUCCCACGGCCACUGGCUCUGCGCUAACGUUAGCAUCCCAGUCCGGAGCGCUGCCCUCCUAUGUGGAGUCCAGGCCAAAUUUGCCCUAUUUAUUAUAAAUAUAUAUAUUACGUGUGCCUGUACAGUCCAGUACAUCUAUAGAACUACUCUGCGGAGUCGAUUGUUUGAAGUUUAUCAGGUAGUGUUGUUUUUUUAGUUCCGUUUCUUCUUUGCAGUCAAUGUUGACUGAGCUGUACUGUAAUAACAUGGACAAAAAAAAAAAAUGUAAAACUCACAAAAAAAAAAAAACUAUGUACAAAUUCUGACAGUCAAUUUCAUUUGAAAAUCGGAAUGGAAACCUUAAACAGAGGUUGUGAAAUAUUGACUUUUAAUGAAAUAUGGAAAAUGUUGCUUCUUUAAAAAAAAAAAAAAAAAAAGUCAAGCCAGUUCUGUGUAUGACGGCAUUCUUGUGUAAUUAUGGGAUGAUUUGUGUAAAUGCCCUUGUUGCAUGUGCGGCUUGUCAUUCGUCAGGCUGGGUAACACAGAGCUUUCUGCUGUUUCCCUGACAUCCAGGCAAAUCCAACCUUUCUGCUAUCAAGCCCGCAACAUAUCUUAAAAAUAAGCACUGUUAGAUGAGUACUAUUUGAUAUUUUUAAUAUAAGAUUAAAGAAAAAAAAUCAAAAACGUGUAUUUUGCUUCCAUUAGGAAGAAAUUGAGUACAUACUGUAUUAACAAUAAGGGUUUAAUGUUGAUGUGAACUUUUUUUCUUUUUUAGGAAAAUAAAAUAAAAGUGCACCAAA